CUGAUCAACACAGUGACAGACCCCAAACACACCCACGUCUCAUCGUCUAACUCUCAAGCUGAGUGAAGGGGUAUUUUCAGAGAGCAACUAGAGAAUGUGACUUCCUUUUCAGCUAACAUACAAUCAUAAUUUUAUAGAACAGCAGCCGUCAUCAAAAGGACGUCUCUGCUCUUUCUCUACACUACUAUUCCUUCUCUGUGUGUAUCGGUUAGUCAACCGCUAGCUACCAGUGACAGUGAUAGAUAAGUACAUACAGCCAGAGGAAACAGUCAAAGCCUUAAAGAGAUGUCUGGUGGUCCCUUCUCCUCCUUCUCCAAACAGGGAAUACUGCUUCUCCUACUCUCCAACCUCCACUAUGUUGUGGGUGUUCCUCUGAUCAUCAACAAGAGAGUGGGGGACUCCGUGGAGCUGCUGGCAGGCUUAGAGACAGAACAUAUAAAAUCCUUGGUGUGGAAGUUUAUGGGAAAGGAUAUUGCAGAAUUCAAUUCAGAGGUUGUAUAUUCACCUGCAUCCCAGUUUGAGGGGAGACUAAAGAUGAACGCCAAAAACUACAGUUUAACAGUCAGAGAACUGACACUGCAAGACUCAGGUGAUUUUCUACUUACAGGUGAAGAGGACAAAGGUCAGAUUGGCAGUAAGACCAUCACUCUGAAGGUCCACGAGUCUAUAUCCAAGGUGGUGAUCCACACAGACAUCAAGCUAUUGGCCAACCACUCCUGUACGGUACGGCUGGUGUGCAACGUGUCCUCCGACCCCAACAUUACCUACACCUGGGAGAGAGACAAUGAGAUCUACGGGGACGCCCAGCAGAUUCACUUCUCUCUCUCACCAGAAGAGAGAGACAUCAGUGUAAAGUGCAACGCCUCCAACCUAGUCAGUUGGAAAACUGCUUUUGAGAUGGCAAAGUGUAGUAAUGACACAACCACCCCAGGACUGACAUGGUAUACCAUCUACAUCGGAAUAUCAGUAGGAGGCGCUGUGGUGCUGAUCCUCACUGUAGCUGUGGCGGUGUGGUAUUGCAGGGGACGAAGUAACACAGCAGAUCUACCUGACAACACAAUAUAUGCUGAUGUUAUGAUCAACACAAGAAGUAGAGAUACAAGAUCAAACAGUCAUGUAAACCCAAUAUCCUUCUAUGAAACUGUCAAUGAUCUGGUUAUCCCAAGAUUGAACAAGCCGCAGACUCUGUAUGAUAAGAUCGCGUUUGGACGCCCAGAAGGACCCCAGUCUCCCUACCAGAAUGUACUGUGAGCUGAACAGGAUGUGGUCAUAGGUUGGGCCUCCCAUAGAUAUGGAACCCUCUGCAUGCUCUGCAUCUUACACGUGUACUUUCUGUAGAUAGGCCUAGACUUUACUGUCUAUUUGCUUACUUUAACUUCUUUCUCCUUUUGAUGAUUCUCAUAUAUACAGUAUGUCAUAAGGCCUUAUGCCUUUCUUUGAAGGCCUAGUUACAAUUACAGUGCAUUGCGAAAGUAUUUGUCCCCCUUGAACUUUGCGACCUUUUGCCACAUUUCAGGCU